CGAGCCUGCCGUCGUUGUCAGGGACAGGGUGCAUCUGGGGGAAAAAAAAUAUGGCAUAACAAUAGCAGCAUCCAGUAUCGGUAUACAUGAAUCCAGGGAGCCUAAUAGGAAAUGAACAUGACUAUGGCGCUUUAUAAAACAUGACCUACACAUGACACAUGGAAUGGUCAAGAUAUUUUGUUCAUUUCCUGGAUUACAAAGAAGACUGUAGAAUAAAAUGGAGUGGUAGGGGGACCGAGGCGCGCUGUCUCCAUCAUAGGGAGGCGCGUCCACCUGCUGAUACAGGGAGUCCGGGCUUGGGAAAAACAUGGUGAGGUUGCUGCAUUGAGGAGAAGAUACAGUUUCCAUCUGUCAAAUAAACAACUGUGUAAUUGAAAUGCUGGCGACGGGAAAAGCGCAGCCCGUGUGAAUAUAGAGGUUGGAUAGUGGUAAUAAUGUAAGGGACAAGAACCACGCUAAAUUGAUGGAUGUUUUUCAAGAACCCAACUUUGCUGUGCUGGCUUCAAACCUGGAACAGAUCAACAAAGCGGACGAGAAUGAAUCACACAACCAGGACAGUUCUUUGAAGCUAGACAGUCCCGGCACCCCUCCUAAAGCCAAUCCACCAAAAGGAUGCCCUGAGAGUGAGAGGACCUCACUGAGCCCAUCCUCACCUCUGAGCCCAACAGAGACCCCUGAGCCCAGCACCACUACUGCUGAUGACUCCUCCUCCACUCACACCAUCUCCCUCACCUCCUCCUGCUCCACCAAGUUGGUGAGUCACUGGGCUCUUCCAGAGGACUGUAGUGACAAGGCUGCCUUCACCAUGAUGGAGACAGGGAGUGUCUCGGCCCUGUCUGGGGGGGACUGCCUUAUGCCACAGAGCCGCACCUGCCUGGGCUGCUUCAUCGAGAGCAAGGACGCUACAGAGCCUGAGCCAGGGCUGGACCUGAGCCGGGACUAUGACCCCUGUCCUGUCUCCUGUCCUGACAUGGCCAUGCAGUGCAUGAGUUCUGGUAUCCGCUACGGGGAUCAGCUGCUCUCAGACCAGCUCCUCAGCUACCCAGAGCACAAGGUCAGGGAGGUGGAGAAGACAGAUGAGGAGAAGUCAGCGGAGGACAGUGACUCGGAGGAUGCCACGUCAAAGAGUAUCUACGAAGGCCUGCUCCUGGACAAGUGCAACGGUGAGGAGGCUCUGCUGGCCAACUCCAGCCAGGACUGGGGCUGCUUUGAGUCCUUUAUCAGCGAGAGUAAGAUCGAGCUGCUGGACCUCUGCUCUAAGAACGAGCUCUCUGUAAACCUCUUCUCAGAAGAGGACGUAGACAACUAUAUGUUUGAUGAUGAGGACUCCACCCUGGGCAGCGACGUGUGCUCGCUGAAGAUACGCUACGAGUCCUUCCAGGACAACGUCCGAGAGAAGACCAGCACCAUUCAGGAGGAAACCCAGUUCAACUUCUUCCCGAGUGUCGUCGCCAAAAAGGAGGGAGAGGGAGCAGUGAAGAAGGAAGCUGAAGUGCCGCAGGUGAAUGGAGAGAAGGUCGAAGUCUGGGCGGCUGGAGAAAAGGUUGACAAAAACAACAGCAGCAGCUCUGCUGAAGUGAUGCCGAAUGUCAGUCCAGAGAGCAGCUACCUGUUUGACUUCAACAACUCCACAGAGGACUCUGGAGAGUACAGCGAUGACAGCUCCUGUACUGGAUCCUCCCUUGACACCUGCCAGACCAAACGGAAAUACUGCUUUCUCUCCAGGGAGAACUCCAGCUCUUCUAGUCAGCUGAGCUAUGGGCUGAGGUCCAAGAGGAAAGUCAGAUACAGCGACGACUAUCUGUAUGACGUGGAUUCUAUCGAGAGUGAGAGAAACACGGAGAAAAAAGAGAAGCAGCCGAUGGGUCCAAAAAAAGAGGAGGAUGACGACUGGUGUCCAAAGAAGAGGAGAAAAUCCUCACGAAAAGAGCCUCCGGUGAUAAUCAAAUACAUCAUCAUAAACCGAUUUAAAGGGGAGAAGCACAUGUUAKUAAAGCUUGGMAAAAUUGACACAUCAGAGACAACAGUAAGCUUAAGUAAGGACUUAGUUCAUAAGUACCAGAGAAUGGCYCCUCUGAAAGACUACUGGCAAAAGAGGCGCCAGGAAAUGCAGGAGCAGCGCAKGCUGGCUGCUGGUGAUAAAAACAGAUUUCCRAAUGGCUGCAGGCGUUCCCUUAAUUCKAGCCUGACAAAACGAAAAUACAGGAUUGCAAAUAGAGUCCGGAUUCAAAGAAUUCACACUGUAGAGCUCUCGCCAAACCACGCCGAUCACAAGCAAGAGGUGCGAGCAGCUGAGGAUCAGGCUGCCUGUACAGAUAUGGCAUCAAUAACAACAACAACAACCUCCGACUGUGCUGCUAGAUUAGACCAAGGAAGUGUGACAGGAAAAAGCAGAUCGCUAGAGAGGGAGGGGAAAAGACUUGGAAAUAAGAUUUUGAAAAUAAGGAAAUUUAAAAGCGAGGCCAGACUGAAGUCGAAAAAAAUGACAGAUGCUCAGCAGAAGGAUGGUAAAACUGUGGUACACCUACAAGAGGUUGGCCCACUAUCCCCAAGUCAGCACCCUGACAUAGUUUAUUCUAAAGCAGGCAGCCCCCAGCUUUGUGAUGACUCCACUGUCAGUGUCGACCCCACUGAAAAGYCUACUUUUACACCAGCCCCCUGCUCCUCUUCCAGCACAAUGACCCAUCCUGUAAAUGUGAAUAGUGGUCUACMUGUCAUCCCYGGAGGCUACCURCAGACAUUACUAGAKGCCUCUGACUCAUCCAGUAACACUGGRCUGWCAUAUUACUCCCAGCAGCAKCAGCAGCAWMMYCSMAUGGAGCCAAACUUCACUCACAYAUCAUGGCAGUCUGRAGGURAACAKYUAYCAUUUACAYCUGAYAUUMMACCUGAAYCUKCUGRCUUUUCCARCRCCAUKYCUUUGCCAAUGACAAACAACUUGCCGUUGUCAGGAUAUAGUCAAGUCAAUGUAGAUGGCAACAGACUKCUGAAUGAUAAGGCACAUUUACCUGAAGAGCCACCAGGACCAGACUCAACCCUACAGGCCAGCCGGGCAGCUGAAGAGGAACAGGUGCAGUUCCAUAGAGUCACUCUAAACACAGAKAACRGCAGGCURGCCAGCUAUGACUCUAUGRGUUCACUGUCUGCCWCYUCYAGCAACUACAGCWCUAUGAGUCWCAAGUCCUGUGAGAAGGAGAGUGAAGASGAUGUGAACGAGAACUUCUUGGCCCACUGYAGUCCCAAACUGGUGAUCCAGCRAAGUACYGAUGAAAUCACUCCCCUYAGGGAGUCYACAGACCUACUGGACAUCUCCAACUUCACCCCYGAUAAGUUCAGGCAYUCGYCGUUGUCAGAGAUGUCGCCACCYGACACCCCAAAUCUCUCCCCACAGGUGAUGGGKMCAGAAAUKAKGGAAAGCCUAGGAAAGGCCAGGGAGUUUCARGGAGAGACAGGAGACAUGACWCUCUCARCUACACCUGAUGGGACUAAGUGGGACUGUAAUGUCCUGCCACAACAAAACCAUGAUGGCAGAGCGAUAAACAAUCAUCAGUUCCAGUUCCAUACUUUCAAUGACAAUGACGGCACAGGUAAGAUUGAUGGCCCCAACGUCUUUGAUGAGCAGCCCGAAUCCAUCGGAAGUCGAACUAAAGGUCCCAAGUCAAAAAGGAAAGCAACCAGUAAACAGAAAAGCAAGGCUCCAAGGGCCCCCAAGACAGAGAAGAACAAAGCCCCUAGACAGAAUUCUCGUUCAUCCAAAAAGCUAAAAGCCCUGCUUGAUGCAAAGGCAAAUGCAAAAGGUGAAGAAAGUGAAGGCCUUGCUGGACUAUCAGAAGACUGGCCUUUACUGGAGGAGCAUGGUGGGGGCUGGGCAGACGGCAACAACAACAGUCCUGUGGAUGACGACCAGCGAGAGUUUGAAGAGCCCUCCAACAUCCUGUCCAACAUAGCCUCUGGGAUGGCAGAGGUCCAGAGGUUUAUGAAGGUGUCAAUCGAGCCACUGUGGGACCCCAUGUCUGGACUCUGUCAGCCUCCAGAUGCCAACAGCCUUAAAACUAAGACACUUAAAAUCCUGGCGGGAACAACAGCUAACGUCAGGAAAAAGGGUGGUUAUACCACCUCCGCUGUGGCAGGAAGGGGCAGGAAGGCAGCUGGCAUGGGAGCCAAAAACCAAGCCAAGUUAAUUCCUUCAAACCCCUUCUUCCCCCCUCUCACUCUAGACUGCAACAUGUUCAACAAGUCCAGCCUCGGUAUACCUGGCAUCUGUGGGCCCGCACACAAAAAAAUGUACCGUCACAAAACCGGUGCAAAAUUUGCUCGAGACGAAAACAAUACAGGGAAGCGGGACUCGAGCAAGAACGUGGCUCUGAUGGCCUCUUAUGAGAAACGGAGGUAAUAUUUUGUACCAGUGGCUGCAAAGUAUGUCCCACUCACUCUAUUUCCUCCUGCCCCUUGCUCAGUUCCCUGGGUUCCCUUACUGCUCUCCCUUUUUGACUUAAAUCCAAGUGUUGCAUGGCAAAGACUUUAACCUUGACUACCCCACCUGCUUAUUUUACCCUAAAUAGAGCAGAAAUAACUUGCAUGUAAGAUUUUAUUUGUUCCUGAGAAACUACCUAUUGAGUGAUUGAUUGUCUUCAGCUUGACUGGGUUUUCAAACUACCGUGGCUACAUUUUGUUUCUGACUGCUGCUUGAUUCACCUUUCUUGGUCUUUAGAUUGUUUUGUUUUUUUGUUACUUUAGGUUUGACUUUUGUAUAAUAAGAAAGAUUACCUUGAAACUGUUUUGAAAAUUUUUUUUGUGAUACUUAGUGGUUUGCUUUGUUUUUUCAUUUCUCCAUUUCAGCAGAACAGCUUGCCCCAUCUUAAUAAUGUCAAAAUUCCGUCUGUUGCUCUCCACAAAAUAAAAUCACAGUUCAAAAGUUGUUCAUCCUUACAUUCAGACAGUGGUUUCCUUCAGUGUAAGAAGAGAGAGUGGAGUGAGUCACAAGUGAACAGUUACAGUAGGCCUAUCCUAUCAUUACUGAUAUCACCCUGCCAUUCCAGUUGUGGAUGUUUCACUGGUGUUGGAGAACUGUAUCGCUGUUCUGCUGGGAACCAGACUUCAUAAUUAAAAAAGGGACUCUUUUUGUAUUAACAAUAAGACAAAUUUAUCAAACUGUCCUAAUUGUAUUAAUAUCUUUAAAUGGUAUUAUUUGUCAUUGGCUUAUUGCCAUGGUUUGGGGAGAGUUGGUGGGAGGGUAAGUGGAGUAAGUACCCAAAAUUGCAAUUUGUUAAUGCUAUUGUACAGAGACAUAUGCACUAUUUGCAGAAUAUGACAAUAAUUAUAAUGUUGAAAAUGGAAUUAAUGUGCCAAACGUUGAUCAAGUACCUGUAUAAACAUUUUCUAUCUGUAUGUAUAUUGGCUGUUUCAUGUUCUUUUUGUUACGGUUGUGCGGUGGGGGUUCUGGACUAUGGUGGCAGGUCGACAUUCCAGAGAUCUUACACUUGGGAUCUAUUCCGUUUGCCAAGCACCUGCAGCUGACAGUGAUACACCUUUUACCAAAAUGCAAAUUACUGUCUUUUCUUUCAUACAUUCUUCUGAAAUGAUUGCCAUCUGAACUCCAAAUCCACAGCCAGCAUGGAGAUACAGAGAAGGGGAUUAAAUAUGCUCUAACAGGUUAAUUACAUCGAGAUCAUCGGACUACAAGGUUCUAUCUGCAUUUUUGUCAAAAUGUAGUUAUUGGCAUAGCCUUGAUCUGUUCAAUGUUCUCUACCUAUAUAGUACUGUAAAUACACCAAUUCAUGUUGUUAAGUUUUAAAGAAUACAAGAUAAAAAUUGCUGACACCAUUGACACCAAUGAGGGUUCGGAUCUUUAAAGCCAAUUCUCUCAGAAUCAUAUUUUUGCAAAUAGAACCUUAUAGUCCCAAGCGCUCAAAAUAUUGAGGUUUACAUUUGUACUAUACUCAAGAUGAGCACACAGAUGAAUGUAAUCUCAUGCAUUCACCUACCACUGCACCAACAUGGAGCUCUAUAUUAGAUUUAUACAAUUUAUUUCAAUUGACAUAAAUUGAUACUAUCCAUCAGAGAUCAAUAUUUAUUGUGAAGACCUUUGUCUCUCGCAACCUCCCUUCCCCUCCAUCUUCUCCAAGUUGCCAGGCUAGCCAUUUAGAUGUGGGACCAGGACAAGUGUCACCACUAGGUGGUGUGGAGCAAACUGCCUUAUAUCAUCCCUGCCCAUUGUCAAUUGAAUGUACUGUACUUCCUCUCCAACAAGAGUUGUAUAUGAUGUACCACUGUUGAGCUGCCUCGGAAAGGUGCUUGAAAGCAAAUUAAUUUACAGGUAAUUGAAAAAAGGAUGAAGAAAUCUUCUGUGCCCUAUUUAUGAAUGUAUUAGAUACUGUUAUGUUUGAUGUAGCCUAAUUCUGCCAUGAUUUUGACAUUAAUUAGAAUUGUGUUUUGCCAUUUUUGUUGAAAAUAAUAUUUAGCUUUAUAAAUAUUGUCAGAGUUGUUGCCAGAUGGAUUCCAAAAUAACUCCUGACAUCCUCCAUGAAUCUUGUAUAUUUUUCAGUGUGCCAAUUUGUAAAAUAUUUUCUAAGUGUAUAUUUUUCUUAGAAAGUGCUGUGAAGUAUUUGUAAAUGUGGAUACCCUUUUUUCGCCUUUAUAGGCAGURAAAGGGAUGUAUAAUGACAUGCCUUUGGUUUUAAAAACCAAAAUAACAAACAUGACAAAAAAAAUUAUAAAAGGAGAGAGGGAAAACACUGGGGAAAAAAGCUGUAACAUUUUGUCGGAAGUUUUGUAAUCAGACCAAUCUUGUUGUGGGAGUGUAGUGCUAUAGUGUAAAAAGUAUGAUAAAAGAAAAAGAAAAACUGAAAUAAAGACAUAUUUGUGAUUUUAUUGCUGUUUUAUAAAUCAUUCUAGUAUCAUUUUGUUUUGUUGUAACUGUUGCAAAGGUUUAAAUAUUUGUGAACAAGCCUGUAUGGUGACAAUGUAAUAUUGGUAACUUGCUGAGUUUUGUAAUAAUGUUUAUGGAAUAAAUAUAAAAUAAAAUGAGGUUUUGAUUCCUGCUUUCAGA